GUGAGGGAUCAGUGCGCGUUUAUGCAUGUGCUUCAGUUUGGUCUCACUAAAGAUGUGAGAUGACAGACUGGAUUUGACAUCUUUAAGUUUGAUGAAGUUUUGCACUCUCGUGAGAGAUUCUUGUGAAUCCGGAGUGAAAUGACGCGUCUCCUGCGCGCACCGUUUGGCGUCUUGUGCGUGUUUCUGUGGAUUUGCGGCGUGAACGCGUCUGACACCUCACAUGAGGAUUGUCCAGAAAAUAAGAUCCUGACUGUGGAGUAUCCGUGUACGAGAGCUGGAGGUCAGAGAGGUCGCUGUCUCAGGAGGAAGUGCUGUGAAGGCUUCAGGUUUGUGAUGGGUCAGUGUGUGCCAGAAAGUCUGGACGUGUGUGCCGGUUCUCCCUGUGAGCAGCAGUGCACUGAUAACUUCGGUCGUGUGUUGUGCACGUGUUACGAGGGUUACCGCUUCGACAGAGAGCGACACCGGCAGCACCUGCACCCGUACUGCGUCGAUCUGGACGAGUGUGAGGAAUCGAACAGCAGCAUUUGUGAACACGUGUGUGAAAACACUCCUGGAAGUUUCCGCUGCCGCUGUAAUGCCGGAUUCACACUGACCUCAGAUCAGCGCUCCUGCGCUCCCGUACGCAACCUGAGCUCCUCCAGUAAAUCUGAGACUCAGAUGAGCUCUGGAUCAUGUUCUCUCAGCUGUCAGGACUUCAUCAACAUGAGGAGCAGCUUACAGCAGAUCAGACUGCAGCUGGGACACACACACGCACAGGGUUCGUCUCCCAGCCUGGAUAAUAACAGCCACAAACCGGCUCACAGGAGAACAGAGAAAAAUCCUGACGGUCAGACCAGCUCUGGACCUCCAGGACCACCGGGGCCUCCUGGUGUGCCGGGUGACCCAGGUGAGCGAGGGGAGAAGGGAGAGCAGGGGCCGACGGGACCCCAGGGGCCCAGAGGAGACAUGGGUCCGAUGGGGCCACAGCCGGAUCUUCAGCACAUAAAGACGGGCAGACGGGGACCGGUGGGACCUCCAGGAGCACCUGGUAGAGACGGACAGAAGGGUGACAGAGGUUUUCCUGGACCCAGAGGAUCUCCAGGCCCUCCAGGGUCGUUUGACUUCCUGUUACUGAUGAUGGCUGAUAUCCGUCAUGACAUCGUCGAGCUGCAGCAGCGAGUGUUUGGGAAGAGGCGUGGCCUUUCUGUGGACACACCCAUUCUCUCCAGCAAAGAGGCGGAGCUUGAGGAGUGGGCGUCGGGAGAGGGAGAGCUGAUGCCGAACACGUGACGUUGGAAUAGCUGCUGCAUUACAGUGCAUCAAUCCCAGAUGGACUGAAGCCCAGAAGAAGCUGAGCAGGUAGAGUCCAGUAGCGGCUGCUUCAAAUGAGGAACACGUGCAUUAUGAUUUUACAUGAUUCAACAUCAGUAUAACUGACAUGCAUAAUGAAUGCUUUACCUCAGGUCGUGUAAUCAGUGGGAUGAAAAGACUGUAAGAUGAUGCCUGAAAGACAAAUGUGUUUGACAGUGAACUGGAGCAGAGUAGAGCGUUGAAUAACAUAAUACAUACUCCUCUUUUAGCAGUGCACACUGCGUCUGGAAAAUCAGGAUUACAGUCCACAUUUGCACAAUGCAGUGCGCUCAACCUGACCUUCUGUUACCUGUGUGACAAAUGAACCAAAAGAGAUAACAGCUUUGAUUUUUAAUAUCUUUUCCUUGAUUCAUUAUUUCAUCAGACUGACGGAAGUUCAGACAAUUUUACUCAAAACUCACUUUUUUUUUCAUUACAGAAUUUAAAAAAAAAUAAAAAGGUAAUUUCACACUUUUUUGUUCUCAGAAUUGUGAGUUUAUAUCUCACAAAUUUGGAGUUUAUAUUUUGCAGUUCUGAAUUUAUAUCUCAGUUCAGACACUGUUUCUUGCAAUUCUAGAAAAAAAGUCAUAAUUGUGAUGUGUAAACCCAGAAUUGCAAGAUAUAAACAGAAAUCUUUAAACAGAUUUUUUUUUUUGGUACACAAUAAGGUAAAUGUAAUUGUGACUUUUUAUCUCAAAGUGCUGACUUUUUUCUCUAAAUUGUGAGUUUAAGUUUUCAAAUUCUUUUUUCUCAAAACUCUGAGUUC